AGCUUCAAGUCCAACUAUCGACCCACGCGCCCCCACUUUCCAUCCACCUUUCCUUUAUCGCCUCUCAUUUAAAACCCAUCGAUCCCUUUUUUCUCCUCACUCUUCUCACCAUGUUCUCCACCGCCAAACAUGGAAUCGUUUUCGUUCUUUUCCUCCUCCUUUUCCUCUCUCCGCCUCCCUCCACCGCUCAACCUACCGACCCGAACAACGACCGUUACCCUUACGCCCGUUUCACCCCUUCCAUGGCCAUCAUCGUGGUUGUCUUGAUUUCCGCUUUGUUCUUUAUGGGUUUUUUCUCUAUUUAUCUUCGGAACUGCUCCGAAGCCAACGCCAACGGAAGCGUCGUCCGCCCUUUCAAUGGCGAAACUGGGCGUUCUCGCCGUGGGAUGCGUGGGCUUGAGCCGUCUGUGAUCGAGACUUUUCCCACCAUGGUUUACUCCGAAGUGAAAGUUCAUAAGAUCGGGAAAGGAGCUUUGGAGUGCGCAGUUUGCUUGAACGAGUUCGAAGAUGAGGAAACGCUGCGUUUAAUCCCCAAAUGCGACCACGUUUUCCACCCUGAUUGUAUCGACGCUUGGUUGGCUUCUCAUACUACCUGCCCCGUUUGUAGAGCUAAUCUCGCUCCUCAACCCGGUGACCCUCUGAGCCAACCCGCCGAGUUGGAUAACACCACCACCGAGUUGGACCUCGAGGCUCAGAACCACGACGAUGACUCAGAACUGGAAGAAGAAAGGAGGAUAAAUCCUAAUAAUAUUAACUCCGAUGCGGAGGCUCAAGUUGCACCGGAAGUUGAAGUAAUUGACUUGAACCGAACUUUAAAUAGGAACCGGACACGCGGAUCAAUAUCAAGCCGAACACGUAAGUUCUUUUUCCUGCGAUCUCACACAACCGGACACUCUUUGGUCCAACCAGGUGAAAACACAGACCGGUUCACUUUGCGAUUACCGGUUGAUGUUCGAAAACAGUUAAUAAACCGAAAGUUAAAUCGAGCAACGAGCUUGGUGUUGCCUAGGGAAAGAAGCUCACGGCGAGGAUACCGAACCGGAGAAGACGGUGGGGGAAGUAGUAGAGGAAAGCUUUUUCGAUCACUUGACAAAUCUGAUGGCGGAGUCAAGUCGGACCGGUGGGUGUUUAGUAUGACACCACCGUUUUUUAGUAGAGUAUCUUCCACGAAGUCACCAAAGGUAACAGCUAAUAAUGGCGAAGAUACCUCAAGUUCGCCGGUUGAACCAGCGGGUGACUCAAGCCGUCCUCCGGUUUAAUGUUGUUUUAAAAAAUCUUCAUUAAAUGCUAUAAUUAAUUUUUCUACUUAAAAGCGACGGCAUUUGUGUAGAUAUGAACCCUAUCAAUGCAAUGCUUAUUUAAUCAUUUUGGUA